GUUUCCUGUGUGAAAAGUAAAAACCUUGUGGUGUGAAAGCAGACUGCAGCUUCUUUUGUUCAAAUCAAUCAAACCCAAGACGGACAGAGAGCUGCUGAAUCAGGAAAUCACCGCUCUUCUGUCACAAAUCCUCGUCUCCACCCCGCCGCUCUGUCCUCUCCACCUCGCUCAUGUUCUGCUUGUUGGGUUGGACGGUCCACCUCAGCUGAUUGGACAGGAUGCCACGUAAGAAGGUGACGGACGUGUCGGGGAACGGCGGCGUGAAGAGGAAGAGGGCGAGCGGCAAAAGGAAAGACCGGGACUUCAGCAGCGACGAGGAGUUCGACUUCGAGCAGGAGAACAACAAGAAGCCCGGCAAGCCCGCCGCCAAGUCGGGCCUGCAGCCCGUCACCGUGGCCGACGACGUCAAGGAGAAAAUAAAACUGGAGUUACCAAAGGUCAAAGGUCAGCUGCUCGUCUUCGGAGCGACUAACUGGGAUUUGAUUGGAAGGAAAGAGGUGCCCAAACAACAAGCUGCGUUCCGUAACCUGGGUCAGAACCUGUGGGGUCCGCACCGGUACGGCUGUCUGAACGACAUCCAGGUGAGCUGCGUGGUGUCGGGUCCCUGCGCCGCCCACAGUCUCCUCAUGACCACCGAGGGCAAGCUGUGGAGCUGGGGUCGUAACGACAAAGGUCAGCUGGGUCACGGAGACACCAAACGUCUGGAGGCUCCCAAGGUCAUCGAGGGUCUGGCGGACCAGGUGAUCAUUUCUGCCGCCUGCGGACGGAACCACACGCUGGCGCUGACAGAGGACGGUACCGUGUACUCGUUUGGCGAGAACAAACUGGGUCAGCUCGGCCAGGGCAGUCAGACCGACGCCGUCCUCAGUCCGGCACCGAUCUCCUACAACGGUCAGCCUCUGGUCAAAGUGUCCUGCGGCGCCGAGUUCAGCAUGGUGGUGGACUGUAAAGGAAACCUGUACUCCUUCGGCUGCCCGGAGUACGGACAGCUAGGUCACAACAGCGACGGGAAGUUCAUCGCCCGGGCUCAGAGGAUCGAGUUCGACUGCGAGCUCAUCCCCCGGCGCGUCGCCAUCUUCAUCGAGAAGUCCAAGGACGGGCAGAUCAUGCCGGUGCCCAACGUGGUGGUCAGGGACGUGGCGUGCGGAGCCAAUCACACGCUGGUGCUGGACUCUCAGAAGCGGGUCUUCAGCUGGGGGUUCGGCGGCUACGGGCGCCUCGGCCACACGGAGCAGAAGGACGAGAUGGUCCCUCGGCUCGUCAAGCUCUUCGACUUCCCCGGCCGCGGCGCCGCGCAGAUCUUCGCCGGGUACCAGUGCUCCUUCGCCAUCAACGAGAUGGGGGGGCUUUUCUUCUGGGGGGUGACGAACACGUCCAGGGAGUCCACCAUGUACCCCAAGGCUGUGCAGGACCUGUGUGGCUGGAAGAUCCGCAGUCUGGCCUGUGGGAAAAGCAGCAUCAUCAUCGCAGCCGAUGAGAGCACAAUCAGCUGGGGCCCCUCGCCCACCUUCGGAGAGCUGGGAUACGGAGACAACAAACCCAAAUCCUCCACGACCGCUCAGGAGGUUAAAACUCUGGACGGGAUCUACGUGGAGCAGGUGGGGAUGGGUUACGCCCACUCUCUGGCCAUCGCUCGGCACGACUCUCAGCAGGAAGAGGAGAAGCUGAAGAAGCUGCCGGAGUACAACCCCCGGACCAUCUGACCCCGCCCCCAAAACGUCCCAACCACCAACGGACCGGUUCCACAACAAUCUGGACCUCUCAGGAGGGUCCGGACCUUUAAAGAACCGGCUCUUUGAUCUCAGCUGGUUCCACAGAAACAAAAAAGAGUUUUUAGUUCAAACUGCGGUGAGUCGUCAUCGUUCUGUCGUCUGAAUCUGUUCGUCGUGUUUUUCUGGUGCUAAAGCAGAACUUUUCCCUCUGAGGGGCUUCAGAGA